AUGCACGAACGAGCGGGAUUGGGGCUGUUGCUUCAUGUCCUUUUUGUCACCGCUCAACAAGUUGAAGAUGUGGGCUUCGAGGUAAGGGUGCCAGCUAGAACCACCACUGAAACGUGGCCACACAAUGGAGCGGGACAGUUCAGGGGUUUCGCCACUCCACAACCACCCGGAAUUCUGCCGUCAGAUCCAAAUAUGAUGUUCGCCUCGGUUUGGGCCACCUGGUCCGCGUGGUCGUUUUGCGUGAAUGGGAUGAGAAUGAGAGUGAGAGCUUGUAACACGGUUCGAGGUUUCUCGUGUCUUGGAGCAAAUAAAGAAGUGCAACCAUGUGACGCUUUCGAUCCGGGAAUAAUGACACAACGCAGAAGGAUCGAAACGAGUGAUUACGAUUCGGUUGAUCCAUGGGAAUCGGAUCGACGAGAAGCGAUGAAACAACUCUACACAGAUCCAGAUGUAGAUGAAGAUGCAAAUGAAGAUGACCCAAUGCCACCGCAACCGCGAAAUGACGACAAUUUCGCGACGCUCAACAAUAAUGGGCUUGGAAAAAGACACCGCGCUGCUGGGGUGAAAACGAUUGCUCAACCACGUGUCAAUGGAGUGCCUCUAUUAGGGGAUCCUCAACGAUUCUUGGAAAGACAACGAUUGCUGGAAGAAGCUGAGAAGGCAAAAAUCGGAAUUCAUGGAUUGAGGAGACCUAAUGUAAAUGAAAUCAUCAAUCCUCAUCCACCUGGCGUUCAGCAGAAAGGAGACAUCAAAAAGGAGGCGGCGAAAGCGUUGGUCAAUCGGAAACCACCUGUUGAAAGAAUCGAAGAACCACACCAAACAAAGGAAACGAUUGUUUCAACUACGACACCAACAACAACGACAACAACAACGACACCAAUCGUGACGCAAAUCAUAACGACUACUGUACUCCCUAUGACGGAAAGGGUUCAUUUGCGCAAUUCGGGACACUCAUUCUUUAACGCUUCUCCAAGAAGACAACAUGUGGCCUCCAACGAUGACUCCAGCCACUCCACCGAACAUUACCCUCCCCCAGUGGUCGUAGUACCGAAAAGGAGACUCGAGCAAUCGAUCCAAAUCCCGAGUCCAGUUCCCGUGCAACCGUUCAUUCGACCUGCGAUUUUGACUACCGAAUUCCCUUCGUUAAUCGGAUCUGAAGAGCUGGAGGAUUCGGAAGGGAUAGAAGAAAGCGACGAGAAAGGAGACAAGGGGAAUGAAAAUGAGAUUCCCGAGUUGCCCGAUGGUUUAGAAGAAGAGUUCCCCACUGGUUUCACGCCGCAGGAUGUUCAGAAUUUCUUCGACGAUGACACCCCACACUUUGAUCCAUUGCCUACAAAAAGCCCGCUUUCGACAGAAGAAACCACUAAAAGACCAAAUCAAGGACAAGAUUGGCAAAAACAAAUUGGGGAUUCAAAUAGAAAAGAAGUCAAAGAGAUGAAGGAAAGCAUUGAGAAAAUGCCAAAGACGUUGACCAAGGAAGAGCUCCUCGAGUCUUCUCCCACCGAAUUAGAGCUGAUAGAAACUCUGGAAGCCGAACGGAAAAGUGUUGAGGCACAGAACUCGGAAAAGGCGGAGAUUGAGGUGGAGGAUGAGAAAACACAGGCCGAAAUCCCUCUUGCUUCGAUUUUCUCCGAGAAAGCAAUUCAACAAGAAAGCACAGAAGAGCCAGACAUUGUGAAUCCAUUCCCUAAACAACAACUUCUAACAACAAUGAUUAGAGGAGACAUCGAAGUGCUACCCGAGCACGAAUCGCAUCAAUCGUCGAUUGAGAUCGAUCAGCCAGCGAUUGAAUCAAAAGAAGAAACCCAGCCGUUGAACAGCAACAAUCCCACCUUUGCCAACAACAAGAUUGAUCGAAAAUCCCUGCAAGAAGCACAGGAAAAAGAAGACAUUGAACAAAUAAGUAUGGGUCUUGUGGACGAGACACCGGUAAAGCCAAGAAAUGCCCCAGAACAUUCAACAAUUGGGGAAGAGAUGGACUUUCUGCAGCCUUUCCCCUCGCAAAAUCGAGCUCAAGGCUGGAAGAGGACCAUUAAUAAACCGUUUCUGUAUCUAAAAGAAUCGGCUCGUCCGACACUGCAAGACGUUUUCCCACAACAACGCCAAGAUGAGAGCGGUUUUCAAGGUCAACUAAUCCAUCCGAUGCCACCAAAGCCUCGCCUGGAAAACCAUGGAGAAAUCAGUGAUGAUACGGCGAGAGCUCUUGAUUGGAUGCUGGCAAAUAUUACGCGAGUCGCUGAAGAUGGUGAUCGGAAGUUCUUCUCGCAGCGGAGCGCUCAACAGGAUCCAUCUGGAUAUUCAAACACUUUGCCACACAAACAACUACCUCAACUGCCAGCUGGUACACGCGUUGUGCACGGGAUCAGCAAAAAGAAACCGGCAGGCGCGGCGAGCUAUGCACAACGGAAAAACGCUGGAUGGACUCAUAAAACGCAUUCGGGUGGCGUCACGACAAGGCCGUCAAUGAGACAAAUGAAAGGAAUCAGUCAUAGAAAGGCUUGGAAGGGUCUCUCGAAACCGAAAUACCCAAAAGUGGACGGUGGAGCGGAGAGUAACAACAAUGAAUACGGUGAUCGAGUCGUUCGAGAACAGGUCCAAAAAGCAACCUUCGCCCGUCAAAAGCCUAAGGGUUUCUAUGGCUAUGAUGGGUUCAACUUUCAGCGACAAAAGGCACACGCUGCACCAACUGUUCAACAGAACGACAAAGACGGUCUCGUUGGCGAGAUCGCGGCGCUCGAAGAGUUGAUGAAGAAUAUCGAGACUGAGCUGAAAACGGUUGAUGAGAAGAAACACAAAGCUGCUGAGGCAAUCCAAGAGUUUAGGAGAGACGAAAUCGAAGCGGUACCCAUUGAGAACGAUGGUCUUCAUUCUGAUAUCAGCCUGGUUAAGAUGAGCAAGCCGCCAACAACGACCACAACAUCAGCAGCGAUGGAUCUAGAGUUGGCGCCAAAAGUCGGCUUCGAAGUUCAACGAAAAGCACCCGUCGGAGUUGUUCCACAGACUCAAAACGAGCCCGUCUUCUUCACCGACUCAAUCAUGUCCAUUGGUGGUUCAACAGCUCAUUGGGGUCCGUGGUCAAAUUGGGGCAAUUGCUUUUGUGGGAAUCAAGUGAGAACUCGAGCCUGUGACUAUGUUGUCGGUUUCACCACAACUGGAUGUGAAGGUCCAUCCUAUGAAGCAAGACCGUGUGUUGGUGGAGUGUGCCCCGAUAAGACGAGAGCCACGCAAAUCAAGUUUAAAGUGAGCAAAGUGAAGCUGCACGAACCCACCGAAGCACCGUCGAGAGGAAAAUUCGUCACCUUACGCGCGCUUCCUUCAAUAUCCACUGAAAUUAUGAAC